UCUGAGAAAGAAAAGAUGUUACCUUUCUGGUUUGUGAUAUUGACAUUCAUCUCUCAACCCGUAACAUCUAUUGAUGUAAUUUCUUCUAGUUGUCCUGAAAGAUGUGGGGACGUUCUUGUUCCAUACCCAUUUGGAAUCAACUUCACAUCUGGAAUUUCUAAUCCCUACAAUUGUGCGCUAAACAAGCAUUUCAUCUUAACUUGCAAUGUAAGUGAUGAUCCUCCGACUCUAUUUUUUGGGGAAAACAUGCCUAUUCACAAUAUAUCAAUAGAAGAAGGAACCAUCUCCGUGCGAAUUGAAUCAGCAAACAAUUGCUACAACGAGACAGGAAUAACGUACAAUUUUAGUCAAUAUAUUAGAAUGAAAGGCGGCCGGCCAGUUCGGUUCUCUGAUACUCGGAACAAGUUCACUGUAGUUGGUUGCGAUACUUUAGCCUUAAUGGAAGAUGACGAAGAGACUUUUGGUAGCGGCUGUAUUUCGAUGUGCGACAGUAAUGUUACUCUAGAAGGUUCUUGCUCAGGCCGUGGAUGCUGCCAGACACCGCUGCCGCGAAAUCUUACAACAAUAAACAUUCAACUCUCAAGCCUUUAUAAUCAUAGCAGGGUUUGGCAGUUUAAUCCGUGUGAAUUUGCGUUUCUAGCCGAUGAAAGGACUUUUAACUUUUCGAAUCUGCAGCUCUCUUCUUAUCCAUAUUCGCUAGAGACUAAAGAAUAUUUUACAACUGAUGUUGUGAUUGAAUGGGCAGUAAGAGAGGAGACAUGUGAAGAGGCGAAAUCGACCUCAAAUGCGGAUAAAAAAUAUGCUUGUGGCCCAAAUACUGAUUGUAUAUACUCUGAAAAUGUCGGAGGAUAUCGGUGCAACUGCACAGAUGGAUUUACAGGAAAUCCUUAUCUUCCACAGGGAUGCCAAGACAUUGAUGAGUGCAAAGAACCAGACAGGUACAAGUGCGAUGGUACUUGCAAGAAUACAGAUGGGAACUACACAUGCAGUUGCCCACUUGGGAUGCGUGGUGAUGGUAAAGUUGGCUGUCAAGGAUUUCGCAUUACGACUAUUGCUGCAGUUGUUGGAGGGGUUGCAUCCAUUAUGGUUAUCGCUUUCCUGAUCAUCAUUCUAUACAAGAGGCGAAGAAACGAGAGGAAUUUUUUGAAAAAUGGCGGCUUGUUGUUGAAGCACCAAAGGGUAAGAAUCUUCACAGAAGCAGAAUUAGUGAAGGCUACUAAAAAUUAUGCUAAAAAUUAUGAUCAAAGUUUACUUCUUGGCGAAGGAGGUUUCGGAUAUGUUUAUAAAGGAGUUUUAGCAGAUAACACCCAAGUUGCAGUAAAGAAGCCUAAAGAUAAAGACAAAACUCAAAUAAAUCAAGAAUUUCAACAAGAACUUGGCAUUGUUUCACAAGUUAACCAUAGAAAUGUUGUCAAGGUAUUAGGCCUUUGUUUGGAGACUAACGUUCCUUUAUUAGUUUACGAAUUCAUUUCCCAUGGAACCCUUUCCCAGCAUAUCCAUUACAACAGGUCUAAAAUAUUAGCCACAUGGAAAAAUCGUCUAAGAGUAGCAGCAGAGACUGCGCUUGCACUUGAUUAUUUGCAUUCUUUAGCAGAUCCCCCCCCAAUUAUCCAUGGCGAUGUCAAGUCAUGUAAUAUACUCUUAGACGAUACUUACACUGCUAAAGUAUCUGAUUUUGGAGCUUCAGUACUAAUUUCUACAGGUCAAUCUGAUAUGGCCACAAGAAUACAAGGGACUAUUGGAUAUUUAGAUCCAGAGUAUCUUAUGACAGGUAAUUUAACUGAAAAGAGCGAUGUCUAUAGCUUUGGAGUGGUUCUUGUUGAACUAUUAACAGGGGAGAAACCAAAUUCUAGCGCAAGAUCUGGCGAAAAGAGUAACAUCAUUCAAUAUUUUCUCUCAUCUCUAGAAAAUAAUGAGUCAUCUCUAGAAAAUAAUGAGCUAUCUAGGAUACUUUGUUUUGAUGUAGCUAGUGAGACUGAAAUGGAAGAGAUUGAAGUUUUUGCAGAGCUUGCAAAACAAUGCGUACGAGGUAGUGGCAUGAAAAGGCCAACUAUGAAACAAGUUUCAGAAGAGCUUGGCAGAUUGAGAAAAUUGCAUGAGAGAUCACGGGAUUAUCAUCAAAAUAGUGAAAAUAGUGAAGAGACUGAACAUUUGUUAGGUCAAUCAUCUUACCGUUCCAUUGACAUUGAAACUGCAAAGUUGAACCAACAAGAAGUCCUUAGCCUGACAACGUUCGAUGUCGAGUACUCUACCGGUAGCAUUUGAAGACUCAUCAAUCAUCCAAGGAGCAUAAUGAAAUUUAAUGUUAGUUGUCAAAGGGUGUUUAUGUCCUUAAUCCUAGGAAUGUUGUCUCAAUAAGGGAAAAAAAAUGUCUUUAGAUGUUGCAUUAAGUUAAAUAUUGUAAAAUAAUCAUAAUUUGGUAAAACUUUGAAUGUCAUAUUGUUAAGUUACGGCAUUUUUUCCCCUUA